AUGAGCGAACAAUCCACCACUCCCUCUGUCCUAGACGCGCAUACUUCGCUGGACCCGAGUCAGCGCACGAUAUCCCAUCCUCCUCAGACAUACACUUACUACCAUGCCGGCCCGUUGUUCACCAUUGCAGAACUGCAUAACAACGUGCUCUUGUCUCAAGCCAUCAACAAACAAUCGUCGGGCAAAUUCAUUCCCAUAUUGCCCCAAGACCUAGAACAGCGAGAUCUUAGUCCACAUUCUAUCAGAGAUCAAGACAUCUGUGCCUUGUUGUCUUCCGAUCUAGCCCUGUUUACCUACGAUGGAGCGGAGCUGGAUGCUGGUACGGUGGUCGAAUAUAUGGUCUCCAAGAUGGCCGAUGUCCCCACCGUCAUUUUACGCACCGACUUCCGAGGAGCCGGCGACCAAGGCACAACCGGCGACCCUUGGAAUCUGAUGAGUUCUUGUUGGCCACGUACUGUGGGAGUGACUGUGAAUGCCAUGCUGGCUUACAAGGCUAGUCUGUCAAAGGCACUGGAUCAAGGCCAAGAAACGACUGCCGGUGAACACAUGAUUGAAGCCGUGGCGCAGAAAGUGAUCGAUGGCUUUGAGCAGGUCCUAAAAGAGCCACCUAGACUACCCAAAGAGCUCAGGGAGGGUGUAUACCAAUGGCUUGCACUCAUGCCUGGGUUCAAAUACGAUAGUGACCAGCAUAAUACCGAGGCAUUUUUGAAGCUGUGCAAAGAGAAGCAGCUCAAAGGGCUGCUUUGA